AUGGAGCCAGCAAGGGGAGGCGGGCUGGCAGUACUACCUCCGGGCACGGGGCUCCUCUCCAGCACCCCAUCCUUGAGCCGGAGCCCCCCUGUACGUACACACACACACUGGGAUGGGGCCAUAGGGUCACACUGCUGGCGUAUGGGGGUGCGCUUCCCUGGGGAUCGGAGCCACAAUCACCCCCACGCCCCAAAUAAAAGACUGGAUCGAUUUUACACCUGCUGGUCCCUUUCUCUGCGCGGCGGGGCGGAGCGGGGCGCGGCUCCUUUAAGAGGUGCGGCCCGGGCGUUGCCGGGGGGACGGGGAAGCGUCGGGGGCACCGGGGCCGGUCCGGCAGGGCGGCGACCCGGGGGGCGACACGGACGUCACUGCCCCCCGAGUGGGGAGCGUCCCGCGGGUCGGGGCCACGCCACCCGCUGCCCGGAGGGUCCGGCAGCACAGCCCCCUCCCGAGAGCCCGCAGGGGACCCCGGCCAUGGCGGACACUGCUGCCGAGUUCCUGAGCCUCAUCGGGCUGCAGGAGCUGGAGUGGUGCCUGUUUGCUGAGAGGCUGGCGGUGGUGGCCGUGGGGGCCUCACCAAGGGACAAGGAAGAGGGCCAGUGGUGGAUGGCAGCCCAGUGGGCACCCUACCAGCGGGAAGAUGAGCCGGUGCAGAGCUGCAUCCUGGUGCAAACCAGGUUCCGAGGCAAGAAGGAUGGUGUGCCUGCCUCCAGCACCCUCAAAGCCUACGUGACCUGGCAGCUGGAGACCCUGGAGCAGGAGGAGCAGGAGAGCCUUGAGCUCACACCACACCCCACAGAGAAAAUGACCCACAUUGUGAGCCACGAGCACGGGAUGACUGUCUGGAAGACCCUGCAGGAGGGAGAGGCAGAGCCACAGUGCCAGAGCUUCUCCUACAGCCGGGCCAGGCUGCAGGGGGUGCUGCUGGAGGGCGCCAGCCUGCUGCUGCUGCGGGUGCUGGCCCGCCGGCAGACAAUGCCCCCCGACCUUGUCUUCCCAGCCAUCGACACCGAGGGCGACCUCUGCACCUCCAGCUAUUCUGCCCUGGGCAUCCAGCAGCAGGCAGUGGGCUCAGCAGAGACGGAGGUGUUUGUGAUCCAGCGAGCCGUGCACACCAGCACAGGCGCCUCCACCGUGUGGCACAGCAGCUUCCUCCCCAACGGGCGUUUGGCUCGGCUGAUGCAGAUUGGCUCCCCAGUGCUGAUGCUGCUACAGGAUGAGUCCAUCCUCAGCAAGUCAGGUAAGUUCAAACCCCAGCUCCUGUUCCCCAAAGAUCACCUGGACUGGGAGGAGGACAUCGAGCUCUUCUCCUUUUUUCUGGACAGGAAGGAUGAGCUGCAACUAUCCCAUGCUGCCUACCUCCAGCAGCACCCCGAGGUCCGGGCACUGCUGUCUGACUUCCUCCAGGCAUUGCUCCUCCAGCAGCCGCAUGACCCCAUCUCCUUUGCUUCAGAAUUCUUUGCCCACCAGCUGCCCAUUGGGACCCCCUUUGCCUCCACUGGGGCUGCCAUCCCCCUCCCCAACUCCUCACCUGGCCACCCUCCAGCUAAUGGCAAAUAAAGCAGCCAGCACUGCC